AUGGGGGUAAUAAAGCAUAAGAUUUUUAUGGUAUUAAAAAUUGUCAAUAUUAUAUUAUUUAUAUUGAGCACCCAAAUACCAUUUAAUAACAAUGAAAUAAACAAUUUUCGAAAAAUAAUAGGCUCUUCAUCUUUCAAAUAUACAACCAGAAUACUAUGUUGUGCAUCAUUUAAGAAAAAAUUUAAAAAAUUCUGUAAAAAAGCAUUUUGCUGCUACAAAAAUCAGUGUGAUGACAAAAACCAGUAUGAUGACAAAUACCAGUGUGAUGACGAAAGUCUGAAUGGUGACGAAAGUAUGGAUUAUAGCGAACUUCUGGAUGAUGACCGUUGGGGUGGUAUAUACAAAAAUAAACUAGAUCAUAUUGUCAAAUCGGCAAAUCGUGUCGAUAUAAAAUCGAUGAGUUCAUGUGAUAUUAACAAAGCUUUGCUUCCAUUUAGAAUUAAUGAUGAAGAAAUUGAAAAUUUCGAAGUAACUGAACUAAUACGUAAAGUUAAAUCCAGGGAAAUCACUAUAACCCCAAAAGUAGCGAGUUUGAUAUUUUAUGAUUUCCAUAUACAUAUACAUAAAGAUAUACAAAUUCUUUUUAAAAGAGCACGAAAAAGAUUAAAUGCCUUAGCAAUACAAAAUAAGUUUUCACGUGACGAGCAUACAUUGUGUACAAUUGCAUUUAAAAAGGUGAUAUUUCGAAAAAGUAUAUGUACAAUGUAUCGAUCUUUACGUAUUUAUGAGGAAUAUGCUAUAUCUUAUAUAGACCACUUAAUACCAACAUUUCAUAUUUUCUUAAAACAAUACUGUGAUACAAUAUGUAUUAUUUUAAAAAAAAUCGAAUUAACAUUUUUUCGUGCUGUCAACAAAAUGAUAGCUACCGUCGAUAUAAAUCAAAUAAGACUAAUAGAAGAUGAUGAAAAAGAACUUUUUUUCUUUACUUAA